AUGCUGAGUCAGACUGCAGAGAGAGACCAGCUAGAAAACAAUAAUAACACCCUGAUUGCAGAGAGAGACCAGUUGAAGCAAAAAUCUGACCAGCUGACUGAAAGAAUCAGAGUUCUAGAAAGUCCAUGUCCACUAGGAUGGUGGAGGUUUAGCUCCAGUUGUUAUCAUAUCUCCACUGAGGCUAAAUCCUGGGCUGAGAGCAGACAGGACUGUAAGAGCAAAGGAGCUGACUUGGUGGUCAUAGACAGCAGAGAGGAACAGGCCUUUCUCCACAUUUUUGGAAAACGAGUCUGGAUUGGUUUGACUGAUAGUGAGAAGGAGGGCACCUGGACCUGGUUGGAUGGGAAAACUGAUCAAUCCAUCAGUAAAAUUCUGGGCAGACGGGGAGCCAAAUGACUCUCACCAGAAAGGGGAAGAUUGCGCCGAGUUUCGCUUCCCUCCAACAAAACCCAUUAAUGUCCU